CUCAGUCUCUGCCUGAAUGUAUUAUUAAUGUGCUUGCUUUUUGAUUAUGUGGUUGACACCUUAGAGAGUUUUUUGCGAAACGAAGACCGAAGCGAAACUUUUUAACUUUUAUUAACAUGUCGGUGAAAAUAAAAUAACGAUUUAUAAUGCAGUGUAUCAGCGAAUAUCAAGUUGUCGUGUGAAAAUGGUCAUCGUAUCGCAAAAGGCUCUGAAACAUGGCUGUGUCUUUCUCCACACACGUAUCAAAAUCAACUGCUACUGUUAGUGUUGGUCGUCUAAUUCAAGCCCAUUUACAAUCAUUGGAGAAGAAUGUUCGCAAGUUUUCUGUCAAUAGACGGCUUGCAUUUACUGCGGGUAGUCAGCGAUUGGAAUACUGGCAGGCGUAUGAAAGGGCAAAGACAGCAGUUAACGCAGAGACACUUUUGCCUGACAUCAAUCCGAAGUCCGUGUUUGCCAACAAUGAACUAUGUCUGGCUGACAUUGAUGUCUAUGGAUUUGACUAUGACUUCACACUCGCCCUCUACAACAACACAUUCCACGAGUUGAUGUACAAGCUAGCCAUCCAGAUACUUAUAGAACAUUCGAAGUACCCAACUGAUAUAGUCAACCUUGAAUAUGAUCCAAACUAUGCAAUACGUGGAUUGCACUACGACAUACACAAGGGCCUCAUCAUGAAGAUCGAUGCAUUUCACAAGAUUCAAACAGGAACUGUGUUCCGUGGCCACCGACCCGUGUCAGAAGAUGAGAUAAGGAAGAUCUACGGCAGCCUACAUGUGCCACUUGAUCUGGGCAGCAGCAUGUAUGGCUUCACCACAUCGCAGGGGUCGAAAAUGCGAGAGCUGCUGGACAAAUACUCUCUCGUUGAGACAUGCCUGCUAUCGGAUAUCACUGAGUUGUUUAUAUGCAAUGACAUCAGCUAUGACCCAGAUUAUCUGUUCGACGAUGUUAGGCGUGCCAUAGAGUUUAUUCACACCAGUCGAGUCAUGCACAAUCUGGUGAAGAAAGAUUUUGGCCUAUAUGUGAACAUUGAAGCAGGCUUGCCGAUAUUCCUCAAGCAAUUAAAAGAGGCUGGGAAGAGUCUCUUUGUGAUUACCAAUAGCCACUACGAUUUUGUGGAUGCUGGAAUGAGGUUUCAACUAGGUGAUAAUUGGCUAGACUACUUUGACACAGUCAUAACACAAGCAAGAAAACCACAUUUUUUUAUUGAGAACAAUAGGCCAUUCAGGGUGUACGAUAGAGAUAAGUCUGCAAAAGGAUGGGGUGCUGUUACCAAGCUUGUCAAUGGAAAUAUUUAUUGUGAGGGAAACAUAGACCAGUUUAAGUACCUGACAGGCUGGCAAGGAGAGUCUGUGCUCUACUUUGGAGACCACGUUUACAGUGAUCUUGCUGAUCCUGCAGUGAAACAUGGCUGGAGAACUGGUGCUAUCAUACCUGAACUGGAGAAUGAAAUCCAAGUGAUAAAUGAUCCAGAGCACAACAAAGUAAUGGUGUGGAUGUAUGGCCUGAAGUCUCUCUUGUCCAGCCUGCAACACCAUAGUGACAGAGGAUCGAAAGAAAUUCUUCAGGAGUGGUUGACAGAACUUGCUCAUCUUAAGCAGAUGUCAAAGGACCACUUCAACCCGCGCUUCGGCAGCAUGUUUCGGACGUUCACGACGCCGUCGUUCUUCGCGAGGCGCCUCGGCCGCUUCGCCGACAUCUACACGUCGUCUGUCGUCAACCUGAGCGGUUACUCGUCCGAGCACGUGUUCUAUGUGCCGCGCUCGCCACUGCCGCACGAGUUCGCCUACAGCCGCAUACACUUCAGCAACCACGACAUGCUGCCGCACGACCAGUGGCGGCGGCAGCCAGGCAGCGUGGACAAGGAUGUAAAGGGUCCGUGAGUGACCGGGCCAUAACCGCUGACAAGCAGCAGCAGCAGCAGCGGCCUGGCAGCGUGGACAAGAACGUGAAGGGUCCGUGAGUGACUGGGGCAGACCACUGACAAGCAGCAGCAGCAGCGGCGGCGGCAGCGGCGGCCUGGCAGCGUGGACAAGGAUGUGAAGGGUCCGUGAGUGACUGGGGCAGACCACUGACAAGCAGCAGCAGCAGCGGCGGCGGCGGCCCGGCAGCGUGGACAAGGAUGUGAAGGGUCCGUGAGUGACUGGGGCAGACCACUGACAAGCAGCAGCAGCAGCAGCGGCGGCGGCAGCAUGGACAAGGACGUGAAGGGUCCGUGAGUGACUGGGGCAGACCGCUGACAAGCAGCAGCAACAGCAGUGGUGGCGGCAGCCUGGGAAUGAACAAGGAUAAAGAAGGGUCUGCUGGCCCCCAACACAACAAGCGAACGCGAAAGAAUGACAGUUGCCCCCAGUCAGGGGUGACAAUAGAUUUUCGGUGCAUUUGCAUGUGAGAGUCUGGAGGGCUCACGUGUUGUCAAGUAGGUAGACCUAGCAGACAAUCGCAAAAGAACUGCGGCCUUAUCGGAUCAUGGAGUGAUAAUGGGUUAUUUUAUCAAUGUAUUAGCAAAGUUUAAGAUAGUAUACGAGGUGCUCACGAAUCGUCGAGUAGAUAGAUCUGGUGAUCGAAUCGGUGGUCGGGAGGCAUGAUAGGCAACCCCACCAUUAUACUUGGGUGAUGAUUUAUACUAGCGAAUUGGGUGAUGAUCUCGUGAGUGCAGUUUGUAACAAGGAUCGGGCCAAUGAAUGUGAAGGAACUAUGGUCCGGUCAGAUUUAGGAGUGAAGGUUAUUCUGUCAGUGCAUUAGGGAAUUAGAGGAAGAUCUGAAAUACCUGUAAGUCAUUCAGGGUGCGGUGUGUGGAGAAGUCCAGUGAGCCAACGUGUAUAGAUAUCAAAGGUUUUAUCAGACUGUGAAGUCUCGAUAGGAUAACUCAUUAGUCUGCUGUGAAAAAAAUCGUUGAUUUGUAGAGCCAGUGAGUCGUUGACCAUGCUAAUCAGUUUAUAGAUUCCUUUGUCCCUCAAGCACUUUAGUGGUAGCACUGAUGACACAAAGGUGUGAGGCAUUGAAGGCACUCACACGAUGUGACCAGCAGAGACCAAAUCAGCAGCUCGUUUAUGGAACCCGAAUCUUUUUGUGUGAUUAAUCGUCUUGGUAUAUUAUGUGUGAGUCGCGGUGCCGGCGGCCGCACAUACAGCUUUAGUACGUGCUGCUGGUAUUGUAGAAGUUGCAGUAGCGUGGCUACACAGCAAGAUUUCACCCGUUAUUCUAUUACUUUAAUUCGUAUCUAUAUCACUCCUACACAAACACAGCGCCAUGAUCACACAGAAUCACACGAUCAGUGACACUAGCUGCUGGCCUCACGGUCGUGGCUCUGUGUUUAGUUGUUAUUGUGUGAGUUUGUGCUUAAUCAUGUUUAGCUCAAUGUUGUGUUUGCUCAUAGGAAAACGCCACAGACGGUCGGACGUGGACCGAAUCACAUGGAAUGUUUUUGUGUAUAUAACAGAUAUUUAGUAUGAUAACGUUAUAAAUGUCUAGAUCUCACGUUACAACUUCAGGGAUUUAAUAAUUAAUAGCAUCUAGUAAUUUUUGAUUGUGUAUUUCUUUAUUUACGUCACGUCUCAUUUAGUUAGGCAGAGCUUGUAGUGAUUGUAGCAUUUCUGUGUCCGUUUGUCCAUCUGUUGGUUUAGUGGUGAACGUCUGUAGGGCUUUACUGGGAGUGUUCAUAUUCGGCGUGUAGUGGCACCUUUGAAAUACGCCUCGAGACGAAAACGAGUAUAUUUUCUACGACCCGUAUUCUUUUGUGUGAAUUUUAUAGUGAAUUAUUGUGAAAGUUGCGACUUUUUAACAUGUAUUAUAUCGUUGGAAUAGUAACAAAGCUGUACGUUUCUAGUCGGAAAUGCUGUAUUAUAAAGCAUAAUUGUAGAGCGACCAGCCAACUCGUAUGUGGGUGGUGUCACUAGCGGCAGUCGAGUACUGUUGGGCUGCAGCAUUUGUUGCAAAACAUGCACGUGCUGAUGUAUGUAUAUGUAAAAAUAUCAGGUUGUUAUCACACUUCUAAACAUCAUUGUUGAUCAAUUCGAAUUUUGUCUUCCAUCGUUGUCAUGAACGUAGUUAGAUGAAAUUUCUUCAUUUUACGUCAGCUUGUGAAUAAAACAUGCUACUGAAUGACUGACAUGUUA